AUGUCCGUGAAAAGUAUGAUAAAGAUUGUUGUUGUAGUAUAUCUAUUUUUAAAUGUCAUUGAUACAAAGAAAAGGUCAGGUUUUGUGUAUUACACCACUGAUACAUCGAAUCCUAAUUACUACUGUGACGAGGAUGAAUAUUAUUGUGGAAUUUCAGGAACUAUAAAGAAUACAGUUUGCGAAAGAGAGAAAUGUGGGCCUACUGCAACUUGUGGUGAAUAUUUUAAAAUGUUACCUUUGAAUGAUAGAGAGAGGGAAACUAUUGUGCAUCUACAUAAUGAAAUUCGUCAUGAUGUUGCAAUGACUGGUGUUACUAGUGAGCAGAUGGAAUUGGACUUGAAAUAUUUUGAGGGAAAAUUGACGAACAACACUGGCAUAGAAAUCGCUGGAAUGCGAUACUAUCAUCCACGAAUAAGAGAAUUCCAUUCUGAGCUUGUAUUGUCAAAAAUGAACACAAUGUCUUAUGACAAAGAACUGGAAUUUGUUGCUCAAUGCUGGGCUAAUAAUUGCAUGUCAAAUGGAAGAUUAAGGGACAUAUACGAUACCUGUAGAAAAACUAGUCGAUAUAAAAAACCUGGACAAGCUGUGUUUGUAUUCACCGUGGUAUCUACUCAAAUUAAAACUAUCAAUUUUGAAGAUAUGAUUUAUUUAGAUAAAGCCAUUUUUAGUUGGUACAAUGAAAUUUUACAAUUUACUGAGGAUGAACAGCGUCAAAUGUUUGACCUAUAUACUUACAGGUUAAAUGGAAAAUCAAUGAUUAAUUUCCUACAACUUACUUAUCCAAGAGCAAGAUUUGUUGGUUGUGGUCGAAAUCAAUUUGGAUUUGGAAAUACCAUUUCUUUUUUACUAGUGUGUAAUUAUGAUAGAACACCAAAGAUUGGGCAACCCGUGUAUCAAUUCGGCGACAAGUGUGCCUCCAAUUGUUCCAUGAAAUAUUUGCAUCUUAACACUAAGAAGAUGCAAAGACGCAAAUAUUGCAAAUUUAAUGUACCUCUAGAACAUGGAACGUUACACUUAUUAAAUUGCAUGUAUCGUUUUCAUGCUGUUGCAGCAAGGCGGCUUUACAAUUAUGAAGAGUAUCCCGACAAAAAUCCGUUUAAUCCAUGUUUGUGUGGCAGACAAAGAGGGCUCAAGGAAGAUACGUUUAGUCCACCGUUUGAUAUAUCGAGUACGGCACACCGAAAACAUAAAAUAGAUCCUGGUGUUAUAGUUCUUCUGUUUUAUGUAUUUUCAUACUUGUAA